GGUCUUGCUGAGGUACCAGGCUGGCCUUGUGGUUUUCCUGCUUCAGCCUCCUGAGUAACUGGGAUUACAGUUUUUGGAGCCGUGAGAGAUACAGCAGUUUGAUCAUUAUUGUCUUAACAUGCUUCAAAUAAAUCAGAUGUUCUCAGUACAGCUGAGUCUUGGGGAGCAGACAUGGGAAUCCGAAGGGAGCAGUAUAAAGAAGGCCCAACAAGCUGUUGCUAAUAAAGCUUUGACUGAAUCUACACUUCCCAAACCAGUACAGAAACCUCCCAAAAGUAAUGUUAAUAACAACCCAGGCAGUAUAACUCCAACUGUGGAACUGAAUGGGCUUGCUAUGAAAAGGGGAGAGCCUGCCAUCUACAGGCCCUUAGAUCCAAAGCCAUUCCCAAAUUAUAGAGCUAAUUACAACUUUCGGGGCAUGUACAAUCAGAGGUAUCAUUGCCCAAUGCCUAAGAUCUUUUAUGUUCAGCUAACGGUAGGAAAUAACGAGUUUUUUGGUGAAGGAAAGACUCGACAAGCUGCAAGGCACAAUGCUGCAAUGAAAGCCCUUCAAGCACUGCAGAAUGAACCUAUUCCAGAAAAGUCUCAGAAUGGUGAAUCAGGAAAGGAAAUGGAUGAUGAUAAAGAUGCAAAUAAAUCCGAGAUCAGCUUAGUAUUUGAAAUUGCUCUGAAGAGAAAUAUGCCUGUCAGUUUUGAGGUUAUUAAAGAAAGUGGACCACCACAUAUGAAGAGCUUUGUUACUCGGGUAUCAGUAGGAGAGUUCUCUGCAGAAGGAGAGGGAAAUAGCAAAAAACUCUCUAAGAAGCGUGCUGCAACCACUGUCUUACAGGAGCUUAAAAAACUUCCACCUCUUCCGGUAGUGGAAAAGCCAAAACUAUUUUUUAAAAAACGCCCUAAAACAAUAGUAAAGGCUGGACCAGAAUAUGGUCAAGGAAUGAACCCCAUUAGUCGCCUGGCUCAAAUUCAACAGGCCAAAAAAGAAAAGGAACCAGAUUAUGUUUUGCUUUCAGAAAGAGGAAUGCCUCGACGUCGAGAAUUUGUGAUGCAGGUCAAGAUAGGCAAUGAAGUUGCUACUGGAACAGGGCCUAAUAAAAAGAUAGCCAAAAAAAAUGCUGCAGAAGCAAUGCUGUUACAACUUGGUUAUAAAGCAUCCACUAGUCUUCAAGAUCAACUUGACAAGACAGGGGAAAACAAAGGCUGGAGUGGUCCAAAGGCUGGGUUUCCUGAACCAACAAAUAACACUCCAAAAGGAAUUCUUCAUUUGUCUCCUGAUGUUUAUCAAGAGAUGGAAGCCAGCCGUCACAAAGUAAUCUCUGGCACUACUCUAGGCUAUUUGUCACCCAAAGAUAUGAACCAACCCUCAAGCUCUUUCUUCAGUAUAUCUCCCACAUCGAAUAGUUCAGCUACAAUUGCCAGGGAACUCCUUAUGAAUGGAACAUCUCCUACAGCUGAAGCCAUAGGUUUAAAAGGAAGUUCUCCUACUCCCCCUUGUUCUCCAGUACAACCUUCAAAACAACUGGAAUAUUUAGCAAGGAUUCAAGGCUUUCAGGUAUGAAUUAAAAAGCAAAAACAACAAAAAGCAAAACAAUUCAUUAGCCCCAAAUCCUUCAUCUCAAUCCAUCAGAAGGUCCAUUCUUGUCUGCUAGUGUGACCUUUAUGCCACUUACAUCGUAAAUUAUUUAGGAACACAGAGGACAGAAAAAAAAAGAGCCAUAUACACAUGCCUCAUUUUCUCUUACUUUCUGUCUAUCCAAUAAUUCUUUUGCUGCCUGGCUUUCUCUCAUUUUCUUUUUUCUUCUUUUCUUUUGUUUUUUUAUAAACAUUUUUUCAUACUCUGUUUUGUCUUCCAGUUGGGUGCAUCUAUCUUCUUACUUAGUCUUCCACAAACAAAAAUUCUGCCUUCAGAUAUUUGGUGUUAGUAUUUCACUCAUUUCUCCCUCUUUUAACAUUAAAGUUGAGUUUUUCUAAUGAUGGGUUUACUUUUAUAACAAUUUUGAAUUUUACAUUCUAUUGCUAGUAAUGAUUCAGGUACACUAUUUAACAUCAUCGAAGUCUAUUACCUUAGGAAUUAAUUAAACAUGGUAUUUGAAUAAUAAUGCAACACUUUCUAGUUGUUUGAGGCAUAAUAAUAUGUAUUUGUUUUAUUGAAUCAUGUUUUGAACCAUCUAGGUAGAAUAGCAACUGCCUCUGAUGGUACCAACAACUUUAUUUCAUUGAGUUUAACUUGUAUGUGUGAAUUUGGGGAUAGAAAUACCCCCCCACACACACUUAUUUAUUCUUCGUUCCUUUUUGGGGAAACAAAAAGUCCAACACUUCUUUAUGGAUGUUUUAGAGAUUUUUAAAGAAUUAUUAACUCCAGGAAAGGGAAACACAUCCUGAUUUCUUAGUUGCCUUGAAAAUCAUGUGCUGAACUGUAACCACCACCUCGACUGGAUGAACUGCAGCUUGCUCGUGUAGAAAGGUCUACUCCCCAGAUCUCGCUGUUCUUAUCCCCCUUUUCAUCUUAGUCUUAUUCUUUAAGACCAAAAACUGUAAUUUCCUUUAGAAGUGCUCUAGAAGAUCUGUAUUAUGUAGAAUGAUCAUGUAUUUAUAACCAUUUUACAAUUUUAGAUUAUAAAAUGAGAGAGGAUCAUGUGUUUUGGGGGGCAUUUUGCAUGUUUGGUUUUGUUUUUUUCCUUCACAGAAUCCUUCUGAUUCUUUCAAAUUUAUUGCUAGGUAGUUGUUAGUGUUUUUAAUUGGACUAUUAAUAUGAAAUUAAAGAAGCUGUUACCAACUAUUGGCUCUGUCAUCUGAAAUUUCAAAUGCUUAAUUUCAGGUUAUAAUUUUAGAAUUUGCUUUUGUUGUUUACUUUAAGAAUCACAAUAAAUCACUAUUUGAAAAAAAAAAAGACCUUGAUUCAUAUAGUUAAGGUACUAGAAAAAGUUAAGUAGCAUUUAGUUCUACCUACAGUCUGCAUAGUAUGAAUUAGAAAUAAACUUUGAUGAAAAUAAAUUAACUGCUUAUUUACAAAUCUAGUCAUUUAGAAAUGUUUGAGCAUAACACUACAUUUUUAUAGAAGGCAAAAAUUGCAUUGAAGCUCUGAAUUGACUUUUUGCUUAACAGUAUUAUAAUAGAUAUAAUUUUGUUGCCAGAAGAACUUAAUUUUUUAAAUUUGUUUUCAUUUGUUAGUUCUUCACAAUGACAACAACUAUAACUUGAACAUAUCUUCACUGUAGUCAAAACAUAAUCUGCUUCCCCCAUUAUCAGACUGAUUUCUUAUACUUCUUUUAAAACUUACACUGAGACAAUAUACUCUUAUUUAUGGACAAGUUAAACAUUUCCAGAUCUGUGUACUGUGAAUUUUACAUACUAAUGAAUAUAAACGUGGUUUUAAAACAUUACUGUGCUUAUUUGGCUGAAUGAGCUGGUAUUGAUGAGAAAUAUUGUUGCUAAUGGAUCACAACCACAUCUGGGAAGUAAACAAAAUCUCUGUGGGAAGUGGCUUAGUGUUUGUCACAUGCAUAGCUCAUUUUCAUGUCACCAUAGAAAGUUCUUUGUGGUUAAGAGUUUUAAAGCCUAUUUCUUUCUAGAUAGGUGUAUAUACCUAGUAGAAAAACAUGUAGAUUGUUUCUAUUUCUUAAAUGUUUUAAUUAGACAAUAGUUUAGAAAUUGUAGGACCAGUUUUGUUAAGGAUAAUAUGCCAUUCUGUUAAUUUUAUUUCUGGAAUUUAAAAACAAUAAAUUCUUUUUCUUUGUUUCUAGGUUAGUACCUUUUCAUUUUAUUGCACACUGAACAAAUAUUAUUGCUUAUUGAAUAUUGUAUAAACCUUUCUUUGGCCUUCCUUUGCCCAUUGCAAGUUGAUUUAAUCCUAACCAAGCUAUUGUAUGUGACGGCUAUAUUGUAUUACCAAGUAAAAAUAUGUGAGUAUGUGGAAAAUGAAAUUGUUUUAACUUUUAA